AUGUCGGAAGGAGGCUCCCCGGCUGCACUUGAUCUUGACGAUCUAUUCAACUAUGACGUGGGUCUAGAUGAGAUAGUUCCGGACAACAGUGCGGCAAACUCCAACACAAAAGCCUCUGGCGCUGGGGACUCUGCACUCGGAUUAGGUCUCGAUGAUGAAGUCAAAGUCACCAAAAAGCGACAGCCCGUCGCCAAGCUAGACGAAGCCCGAUUACUCUCACAACCAGGUAUUCCUAAGCUGCGGCAAUCUGCGAAACGAAAGCUGAGAUUCAAAGGCAAAGGACACGAGUUCUCGGAUGCCACGCGCCUUCUCAAUUUUUACCAACUAUGGCUUGACGAUCUAUAUCCACGUGCGAAAUUCGCAGAUGGCCUCUCAAUGAUUGAGAAAUUAGGACACUCAAAACGGAUUCAAGUCAUGCGGCGAGAAUGGAUAGACGAGGAGAAGCCGGGGGUUUCUCGCGACUCCGGAGUGAGUCGAGAAGAACUCGAGAAUUCCACUGUGCUUCCCACGUCAGCGAAACUCACCGAAGCACCAUCGUCAAACACUGCAGCCCAGCACGGAUCCGCUGAAGACCUUUUCAUGCCCAAUAAUGAGAAUGCGCCCCCCAUAACCAGUCACCCCGAACCCGAGGAAGAUGAUCUAGAUGAUCUACUCCGGGAGGAUGAGCCAAUGACUGAUAUGCCCAGCACAUCCGUCCCCUCGCGGACACCACAUCUUCAUGAUAAUGACUUUGAUGACUUUGAUGCCGAUUAUGAAGCGAUGAAGGAACUUGGAAUGUAG